CUCUCUCUCUUUUUGUUCUUUUUUUUUUUCUUCUUCUUUUUUUUUUUCUUUUGCGCAGUUCGUUUUUGACAGCGUUCGGGAAUGGUCAGAACGAUCCAGUUGCUGCUGGCAGCGACCGUCCUCGUUCUCACUGCGAGCUCUGCGCACGCCGUCCAGUACCGCGCAACGUGCUUUGCGCGCGCAUUGUACUUUACCCAAAAUUCUGGUUGCGGUGAUGGAACCUGCGACCCCUACUGCUGGGGAUGGGUGAGAUUUGCACCGAAUGGCAACGCAAACUGGAAUGCGGGUCAACAAGCAAACACCGCCAGCCCUCGUUGGAACAUUGAUUUGAACUAUGGCGUUGUGAACAACUGGGAAGGAACUGUGCAGUGGUAUGUCGACUGCGACGACGCCGACCCUGCGGGCAACCCCGACGAUGACAUGGGAUGGCGGACGUUCAAUCCGAUCACCCUGAACGGCAAUCAAGAGCAAGGCAGCUUGACCGCCAGUCCGUGGGAAGGUGUCGAUCUCGGAGGCACCACUGGUGGCGAGUUCAACAUUGGUGCAGUCUACGUCUACCAUCGCGCCAUGUGCGACCAAUACUGGUACGGUGCUCGUUGCGGCGAGUACUGCAGAGUCAGCGAUCCGCCGGCGUGCACCGAAUGCAAAGCAUUAACAGGCGAGUGCAAAUGCAACCCUGGCUACCAGGACAAAGACUGCGGCACCUGCUCCACCAACUACUGGCAAGUCGGCACGUCGGGACAGCCUGGGUUCCAGUGCGUGUACUGCCUCGGACAAAACACGGCUUCUGCUUGCUACUCGUGCCAAGCUGGUGGUGUCAAGGUUUGCUGCGACGCUUGGAAGGGCACCGAAUGCAACGUGAAGAAGUCCUGCGGCGCCUUCCCUGUCGCACCAGCAAACUCUGCGCGCGCAACCGAUGGCACUUCUUGCACGUGCUCGGGGUAUCAAUGCACUUGCAAGUACUCGUGCAGCGCAGGCUACACUGCUACGCCCGUCACCUCCACAUGCGGCUUCGAUGAGCAAUGGACAACGGUUGCUGGACUCCAAUGCCUCGAUGUCAACGAGUGCGCUCCGGGAGGCGGAAACCUGUGCGCCCAGAACUGCACCAACACGAUCGGCGACUACACCUGCAGUUGCAUGCCCGGCUACAACCAGAACGGCGACGGUCGCGGCGAGUAUGGCUGCACGGGCAUUGACGAAUGCGCCACAGCAGGGCAGGGCGGCUGCGCUCAAGACUGCACCAACACUCCGCUCUCGUACUACUGUGGCUGCUUUGCUGGAUUCACAUUGGCGCCGAACGGCAAGGACUGUACCGACAACAACGAGUGCACGCUUGGCACCCACAACUGCGACUCGCACGCAAGCUGCACAAACACGUAUGGCGGAUUUUACUGCACCUGCAAUGCUGGAUUUACCGGUGCGGGGACUGCGGGUACAUGUGUCAACACGAACGAAUGCGGGCAGUCGCCAUGCGUGGCAAAUGCCGCGUGCGUCGACUCGCCAGGCUCGUUCACGUGCACCUGCAACGCUGGCUACACUGGCGACGCGUACGUGUCGCACAACGGCUGGUGCGCUCACGUCAGUGCCGUGUCCUUUGCCGACUCGUCCGUCAUGGUUGUCAGCAAGCCCGCGAGCGGAAACAUUACUGUGACGCUGCAAGUGAAUGCGAGCGCUUCGGUCGACCUCUCGAGCGUUCAGUUCUCAGUCGUUGGCACCAACGCCACUGCGGGUGUGGACUAUGUGGUCUUGACGGCGUCUCCGUUGGUCUUCAACGUGUCGGAUACGUCUCGCGUAAUUCAGGUGGCCAUUCUGAGCAACAGCUUCACGACCAACUUGCAGAGCUUGAACGUCCAGUUGCACGACCCAGUCCACCUGGUCGUUGAUCGCUUCAACAACGCCACUGUCAUCAUUAACGCAGCAGGCACGGUGCGCUUUGCCCAAGCCUCGCGCGCCUUCAGUGUCAACAUUACUGCUGGAAGCUAUGCCCUCACUGUCGAACGCGUGUCGGCUUCGUCUUUGGCACGCGCCGUCAAUGUCACCAUCUACCGUAGCCAGCCCGCCCCGCAGUGGUUCUCUGUGGUCAUCGCUGUGAACCAGCUGACUGCUGUUUUGACCGUGCCGCUUGCCAUGUCGACCGCGCCCUCGUUCGAUACCGUCUACACGUACACCAUCACCAAUGCCACAUUGAUUGGCUCGACUGCGCGCCCUCCAUAUAUUGGCGACUAUGCCACAGCAGCCGUCACUGCCCUUGCGCACAACUACCCCAACGGCCUGAUUGCCUGGCGCGCCGUGUCCUUGGUCCUGCAAGAAGGAACCGGCUCGUAUGUUACGAUUGACCGUGCCUACGGCACGAAUGGAUCCGUCACUGUGCGCGUUCGCACCGUCACCCUGACCUAUGCUCAGUCGGGCGGCGUUGCACUGGCCAGCACGUCCGACUACACGUCUUUCUCGCAGCUCCUCACGUUUGCCGAGGACGUCAACACCCUCUCGGUCAUUGUGUCAACCUCCGGUGACACGCAGCCAGAAGUGGACGAGAUGUUUGGCGUGCUUGUGGAGUUGGUGUCUGGCGGAGCGACUGUCGAUCCGACCAAGUCGCUGCUCCGAAUCACAAUCGCCGAGAAUGACGACGCGCACGGCAUCAUUUCGAUGACCCCCGUCUACACGUGCAAUGACGAGUCGCCCAUCGUUGGCGGUGUCGCGCAACCCAACAACACGGUCAAGGUGUUGCUUCGACGCGCUGGUGGCCUGUUUGGAGACAUUACCUUCACGUGGUCGACGCACGACGGUGUGUUCAACAACGCCAGUCUUGCCUCGCAACGCAAUGCAUCGGGCGCCAUGUCUGACUAUGUCGUGGCCAACCAGCAACGCGUCAUCUUCCCUGCAGGUGUGGACCGAAUGAACCUGAAUGUCGUCAUUCUCGAUGACACAGUGCCCGAGCUGGACGAGUACUUUUACGCUCAGCUCGACGGUGUGCCGAUUGGCGGCGCCGUCAUCGAUCCAGUCAACAACUAUACAAACCUCUGCAUUGCCCGCAACGACAACCCGUACGGCCUGCUCGGAAUCGAACUGCCCAGCCCGAUGACCCUUGGUCCGAACGGCCAGCACCGCUUUAUUGUGUACGAAGGCGGCUUUGUCAACGUGACCAUCCACCGCUACUAUGGCACCUUCCACACCGUCUCUGGCGUCGUUUCGCUCGUAAAUGAGAACACGACCAACGCCGACUUUGGCAACGUCAACAACAUUGCCGUGACGUUCUCCGAGGGCGUGUCUUCCGUCAGCGUGGCGUGGCCAAUCGCCAAUGACCUUGCCAACGAGCCGUACGAGAUGUUUGGUGUCAAGUUGGUCGCGAACGGCGCGUCGUCCGGCCAGGAAGCCACGUCUGUCGUGACCACCAGCUCGCUGGACUCGUAUCUGCCAUGCGUUAUCGAUGCGAGCUCGUCGAGCGGUGUCAUCCGGUUCCAAAGCCUGUUUAUCUCCGUGCAAGAAUCGGAUGGGGAUGCCAUCCUGACUGUCUCGCGCUCACCGAAUGCCUCCUCCGUGACGUACUCCUCCGACGCCGUGCCAGGAACAGCCUCGGGAUCCGAUUUCGACGCGUCCAACCAGAACAAUACGCAUCUGCUUCCCGUGACGGAUUCGACGCAGCAGUUUUCGAUUCACAUUGCGAAUGAUAACAUCCCGGAGGGCGACGAAUCGUUCUAUGUCAGCCUUGUGAAUGUCAGCGGCGCGUACCUGUCCUGGGCCUCGGUGGCGACCGUCACCAUUCUCGCCAAUGACGACGGCUAUGGCGUGGUCGAGUUUGCGCCAUCCACGCUCUUUGAUACAGACGUGUACCAUUUCUACGAGAAUGCCACCUACAUUCGGCUGCCCGUUUGGCGUGAGGUCGGCGCGAUCGGGCGCAUCAACAUGACAUUCGAGAUUUCCACAAACCGCAGUGCUUCCCCCGAUUAUCUUGCCUUCUCUCGAGUCGCGCUGCCUUCGUUGAAAGUGGACAUGGCACACGACAUUGAUCCCGCGACCUACGAAAUUGUCAUGGCUGAUGGUCAAAAUGAGACUGAGAUUGUCAUUCCGGUCUUUGACAUUCCCCGCUAUCAAGGCACCAAGUACAUGUUUGUCCACCUGAAGAACAUUGGCGGUGGCGCGCGGUUUGGUGCCUCUCGAGCUGUGGUUGUCAUGAUUCUCGACCUCGAUUCCGCCCCAACCAGCUCUGGUGCCAGCUCUGUGGAUGCUGCCAUCUACACGAUCAUUCCUAGCGUGCUUGCGCUUCUCUUGUUGCUGUUGCUAAUCAUUGUCGUCGUUCGUCGCCGGCGUCAAAAGUCCAAAGUCGCCAAGGUCGCUCCUGCCUUCAUGCACCGCAAUGACCCGACCGUCGGUCAGAUUGAGCUGAAUCCGCUUCAUCAACUGAAUGAGGAGCGCAACGAUACGUACGACGAUGUUCGUCCCGGUGCGCGUGAAGGCCUUUACGACACUCUCGGUGGCGGCGGCAGCUCGGUCGGCAACCCGACGUACGAUAGCAACGCCACGUACGAUAGCUUGUCUGCUGCCAACUAUCAGUCCGCGUCCGCGCAGUAUCAGUCGCCGGCUGGGCAGUAUCAGUCGCCGGCUGGGCAGUAUGACAACUUUGAGGCCCCGGUCUACGACAGUGCUGGUGAUGAAAAGGCACCUGAGGCCUACGCCCCAGGCUACACGCACAUUGCUGGUCGCACCGCCUCUGACCAGCUUCCUGCCCCGCCCGGCCAGACGCGUCCGCAGCAGUACGCUGCUCUUGAUCACGGAGACGCAGGCGUUUCUCCCGAGGUUGAUGCAAAGAUGCUCGAAGCUGCAGGCGGGCACUACGACAGCUUCGCACCUGGCACCAAUGCCCCGCCCAACUAUGACAAUCUCCCCUCUGCGGUAAAUUCUGACGCGACAGCCUCGGAGUAUGCCACUCCGCGCUCCGCUCCCCCGCCAGUGUACAGUCGACCCAGAUCCAACCCCCAAGACCCAGUCUAUGACUAG